GACACGGUGAGCGCCGGAUGGAGCGAGAGCCGGAGACCAGCGCUGGAUUCCGUACCUGGCUCUAAACUGCCGAGGAUUUCCCUGCUCUGCCCUUACUCUUUCCAUCUUUACUUUUGACUUCAUCGUUUUCCUCCGAAACCCGCUGUAAUUUUUCUGCACAUCGUCAAUUUUAGGUUUUUAGUCUGCUGCCGUUGCUAUUAACUGAUUACUUAGACUCGAAUAUUGAUAUUAUUUUACAUUUUACUGUCUCUCGUUGGAUUUCCGACGGUUGAAGGAGCGUGGAUGAGGUGCUUUGGUAAAAACCGGAGAUGGAAUUGCUGUUGAUCUCCCUUUCCUUCUGGAUAUUGCAAUGCAGUUUAGCACGAGCGGACUCCAUCAUUCACAUCGGUGCCAUAUUUGAGGAGAAUGCCGUGAGAGACGACGAGGUGUUCCAGCUGGCCAUUUCAGACCUCAGUCUGAAUGACGACAUUUUACAGAGCGAGAAAAUCACCCACUCGAUAAAACUCAUCGAGCCCAACAACCCCUUCCAAGCGGUACAAGAAGCGUGUGAGCUGAUGACGCAGGGUAUCCUGGCGCUGGUCAGCUCCACGGGCUGCGCGUCGGCCAACGCGCUGCAGUCUCUGACGGACGCCAUGCACAUUCCUCACCUGUACGUGCAGCGCAACAGCGACGGCUCGCCCCGUACGGCGUGUCAGCUGAACCCCAGCCCCGACGGGGAGCGCUACACGCUGGCCGCCCGGCCGCCCGUGCGCCUCAACGACGUCAUGCUCCGCCUCGUCACGGAGCUGCGCUGGCAGAAGUUCAUCGUCUUCUACGACAGCGAGUACGACAUCCGCGGGCUGCAGGGCUUCCUGGACCAGGCGUCCCGGCAGGGGCUGGACGUGUCGCUGCAGAGGGUGGACCGGAACGUCAGCCGCGUCUUCUCCAGCCUGUUCAGCACCAUGCGCACCGAGGAGCUCAACCGAUACCGUGACACGCUCAGACGCGCCAUACUACUGCUCAGCCCCCGAGGAGCACAGGUCUUCAUACACCAGGCUGUGGAGACCAAUCUCGCUUCCAAGGACAGCCACUGGGUGUUUGUGAAUGAGGAGAUCAGUGAUGCAGAGAUCCUGGAGCUGGCCCACAGUGCUCUGGGCAGGAUGACGGUCAUACGGCAGAUCUUCCCACUGUGGAGAGACACCAACGUACGCUGUGUGCGGAACAACCACCGCAUCUCCUCUCUGCUCUGCGACCCCCAGGAGGGAUACCUGCAGUCACUGGAGGUGUCCAACCUCUACCUGUACGACAGCGUGCUGAUGCUGGCCAACGCCUUCUACAGGAAGUUAGAAGACAGGAAGUGGCACAGCAUGGCCAGCCUGAACUGCAUGAGGAAGUCCACCAAGCCCUGGAAUGGGGGCUGGUCCAUGCUGGACACCAUUCAGAAGGGCCGUAUCACCGGGCUGACAGGAAUGAUGGAUUUCCGUGACGAUGGCUCCAACCCCCAUGUGCAGUUUGAGAUCCUGGGGACCAGCUUCAGCGAGACUUUCGGAAAGGAUGUCAAACGGCUGGCCACGUGGGACUCCAUGCGGGGUCUGAACGGCAGUCUGAAAGAGAGCCGCAUUGAGAAUGGCAUGCAGGGAGUGACACUCAGAGUGGUUACUCUGCUGGAGGAGCCAUUUGUCAUGGUUGCAGAGAACAUUCUCGGGCAGCCCAAACGCUACAAAGGCUUCUCCGUAGACGUCCUCGACGCCCUGGCGAAGAUCCUGGGCUUCAAGUAUGAGAUCUACCAGGUUCCAGACAGCAAGUACGGCACUCAGCUGCCCAACGGCUCCUGGAAUGGCAUGAUUGGGGAGCUUAUCAGCAAGAGGGCGGACCUGGCUGUAUCUGCUAUCACCAUCACCCCGGAGCGGGAGAACGUGGUGGACUUCAGCAAGCGUUACAUGGACUACUCUGUGGGGAUCCUGCUGACCAAACCGGAGGAGAAGAUAAACAUCUUCUCCCUGUUCGCGCCCUUUGACCUGGCGGUGUGGGCGUGCAUCGCUGCUGCCAUCCCGGUGGUGGGGGUUCUGAUCUUCGUCCUGAAGCGCAUGCAGACGGUUCCGAGCAGGAACCCCCCCGCCCCCCACCAGCCGGCCCCCUCCAUCUCCACCUCCCUGCAAAGCGCCAUCUGGAUUGUCUAUGGAGCCUUCAUGCAGCAGGGGGGGGACUCGGUGGUGAGCUCCAUGGCCCUGCGCAUCGUCAUGGGCAGCUGGUGGCUCUUCACGCUGAUCGUCUGCUCCUCCUACACGGCAAACCUGGCCGCCUACCUCACCGUCUCACGCAUGGACAAUACCUUGCGGACCUUCCAGGACCUGUCCAAGCAGACAGACCUGGCCUACGGCACAGUGAGAGGCUCUGCUGUGUACGACUACUUCAGGGCCAAAGGCACCAACCCUCUGGAGCAGGACAGCACCUUCGCUGAGCUCUGGCGGACCAUCAGCAAGAACAACGGUCAGGACUACUCUGUAUCCAGCCCUUCUGAGGGCAUCCGCAAGGCGAAGAAGGGGCCCUACGCCUUCCUGUGGGACAAGGCGGUGGUGGAGUACGCGGCUCUGACGGAUGACGACUGCACGCUGACGGUGACAGGGAACAGCAUGAGCAGCAAGGGCUACGGCAUGGCCCUGCAACACGGCAGCCCCUACAGGGACCUCUUCUCCCAAAAGAUCCUGGAGCUGCAGGAGAAGAGCGACCUGGACGUGCUGAAGCAGAAGUGGUGGCCGCGGUCGGGCCGCUGUAAGCUGGACGGGCUGGGCAGCGCGCAGCCGGACGGACGUGCCCUCAAACUGCACAGCUUUGCCGGCGUCUUCUGCAUCCUGGCAGCGGGGCUGCUGCUGGCCUGCCUGGUGGCCGCGCUGGAGAUGUGGUGGAGCAGCAACCGCUGCCGGCAGGAGCAGCCCAAAGAGGACAAGGAGGUGAAUCUGGAGCAGGUACACCGGCGUAUGAACAGCCUUAUGGACGAGGACAUGGUGCACAAGCAGAUUCCCGCCCCGUCUAUCGAGAUCUCUGCCCUGGACAUCGGCAGCAUGCCCCCCAGCCAGCCUCUGGAGCCUGUGCGGGAGUACCCAGCCGCCGGGCUGUCCGUGAGCACCUUCCUAGCGGAGCAGGGACAUGGGGUGGGCAGGACGCUGGCUCAGGGCCCUGGAAGGACCCUCCCCCUCCCCCUCAGCAGCUCCACCAUCCCCUCCAUCCAGUGCAAACACAGAGCUCCCAACGGGGGCCUGUUCCGCCAGAGUCCCGUCAAGACACCCAUGCCAAUGCCAUACCAGUCAGUGCCCGGCGGACCCAUUCCCGAAGCCAUUGAGCCCGUCCACGGCACCUCCAUCUGAACCUGCCCAAUCACAGCGGAGCUUGCCCGGGACCUCCAUCUGAUCCUGUCCAAUCACAGCUGAGCUGUCCCGGGACCUCCAUCAGACCCUGUCCAAUCACAGCUGAGCUGCCAGGGACUCCAUCUGACCCUGUCCAAUCACAGUUGAGCUGCCAGGGACUCCAUCUGACCCUGUCCAAUCACAGCUGAGCUGCCAGGGACCUCCAUCUGACCCUGUUCAAUCACAGCUGAGCUGCCAGGGACUCCAUCUGACCCUGUCCAAUAACAGCUGAGCUGCCAGGGACUCCAUCUGACCCUGUCCAAUCAAAGCUGAGCUGGCCUGGGACAUUCCCUCAACCCUGUCCAAUCACAGCUGAGCUGCCAGGGACCUUCCCCCAAACCCUGUCCAAUUACAGCUGAACUACCAGGGACCUCCCCCCCCCAACCCUGUCCAAUCACAGCUGUGCUGACCUGUUU